ACAUUCUUCCUUCAUCCUCUUCACCUGUAUGUAAUCAUCAUCACUGUGAACGUCAUCUUCGUUCUGAGUGUUGGUCAGGCGGCUCUGCUGAAUAAAAGGCGUCGAGACCACGACUGUGCUGCUGUCUUUCAGAGUGGAGGAGGCUGUAUUCGACCCCCAAGUCCUCUACGGCGCCGAGUUCUCCUGAAGCUUCGUUCGGGUCGCCGCUUGCUCCGCCUAUCCGCUGUCAUGGUCCAAGAAACGCUGCCUGGACCAUCCGCGGUAUGAGCCUUUGGACAGAAGAUGAAGAAGCACGAGAGCUGGGGCAGGAAAGAAAAGGAGGAUGAAGUUGAAAAAUAAAGCGGACUAAGAUGGACGCCAGUUCCAUACUGAAGCUUUAAUGCUGUUCCGUUAUUUUAAGUAGGAACACUACAUUAUUUUGGCGCAGCCGGCCAUCGAAGCCAUCAUGUGGGUGACGUUCUUCAUUGACGAGACCUCCGAGGAGAAGAUCAUCUUUUCGAAGUACCAAGUUCAAGACGAAGCAGCGGUAGACCUACCUCGUGAGCUCAGCUCGGAAGAACUCGUGAACCUGGUUGUGGAAAAGGCAGCCGUGGACACUACUGAACUACGUCGGAAAGGUGCUGUGAAAGUGAACUUGCGUGUUCUUGAACCAGCGCGUCGAAAAGACUCAGGAUCACGAUCUUCGACAGAUGAGGUGAGCCUCGUUUUGAAAGCUCUUCAGCGGCAACAGGAACAGAUGGUUCAACAAAACCAAAUAAUGACAUCUCUUAUAAGCUCUCUGAAUGCUGAGAAACCGAUGCCUAAAUUCGUAGAACCUGAUGCCUUCGACGGUGUGUCUUCAAGUCCAGAAAGUUGGCUUGAUUUCUACGAAUAUGCCGCUGGAAAAAACAAGUGGCUCUCUGAUGAGGCUAAAAUCACCAACAUGCGCGUUUACUUGAGAGGUGUUGCGCGAAAGUGGUAUGAAACAUGCAUUCUGGAAGACAGUGACGACUCUUGGAGCCAGUGGAGGAAAAAGUUUUUGACUGCAUUCCGAAGCAAUCCAGUAGAAAGAUGGAACACAGCGCUUAAUUUCAAGUCCGAGCAAAGCUGCCUUGUCGAGUACUUCUUUGAGAAACGCCGUCUUUUAAAGCUGGCUGAGCCUUUGCUUCCAUCUACGGCCGUAGUUGCCUUAAUAAUGCAUGGAUUGCACACUAACGUGUUGAAGCAAGUGCAAAUACUGUCGCCAAAAACUCUAGAUGACCUCCUCGCGUGUCUUCAGAACAUACCAUCAGCUUCGGAAACAAGCAUAACCGCCGAGUCAAGCAGCUGUUUCAGUCGGAGUAAAGCGGACUGGUCAAGCCACGCUCAGCGAGAACCGAGCCACCUUGCAAGUAGCACAGAUAACUUGCCCUGGCGCGUUCCAAGAGGUCGAGUGAAUAAUAUCGACACUGAAGCUCAGGAGUAUUCGACAGAAAAAAACUAAUAAACGAGGGUGAUCAGUCCCACCCGAUGACUCCAAAUGAGACUGUUUAUUUAAGUUGCUCUAGCCUACUUCACAUUCCCGUCAAAGUAGGAAACAAACAUAUGAUGGCUCUGGUAGACAGCGGUGCUUCUGUGUCCAUUAUAAAUGCCAAGCUGGUGGAUGCAAGUCGCUUGCAUAGUGGAAGAAUCCUACGAGUACAAGGCUAUGAUGGAAAAGUAACGUUGCAUGAUCAGUGGGCCUUUGUAAACAUCGAGUUCCAGGGUCAGAAAAUAGAGAGCGAAGUGUUGGUGAUAGAGGGGGUGACGUACGACUUUUUGCUAUCAAGACCAGAUAUAAAGAAACUAAAGAUCAACGUGUACUGGGACGAUGUGGUUCUAGUCGAAGGAGUAGCAAGGAACGAGACAAAUCAGGGUAGACAAGAUAAUCUACGAGUUGUCAAGUGCGCGGAGGAUAUCGCAACGACCUACCCUGAACUUGUAUGCAUAGGAAGCUAUCCUCAGGCGAUGAAGUCACACAAGGUUCCUUUCGAACUCGCUGACAAGACCGUCAUCCGAAAAGCACCUUACAAUAUGUCAAGGGAGCGAAAGAUGUGGCUCAAGAAAGAGUUGCAGGAGAUGCUAGAUGCUGAUAUCAUACGACCUUCGGUAUCACCCUUCGCUUCUCCCAUAACGAUCGCACCGAAAGAAGACGGAACCUUCAGAUUAUGCACCGACUACAGGGUUCUCAAUCGUCAGACAGAACUCAUACCAUUUCCUAUGCCGAAGAUCGACACAAUUAUAGAUGAGACCGGGGGUUGCCGACAUUUUUCCCGCAUCGAUUUAUGCAAAGGUUUCUGGCAGAUCCCACUAACUGAAGAAACAAAAAUGUACACCGCUUUUAUCACGCCAUUCGAUCUCUACGAAUAUAACCGGCUUCCUUUCGGUUGGAAAAACUCGCCAGCGUGGUUCCAGAAGAUCAUGAACGACGUCCUAAAGCCACUCCUUGGUGUUUUUUGUAAUGUGUACAUAGACGACAUUAUAGUAUUCUCCAAAACAGAGGCUGAGCAUCAGGACCAUCUAUCUCAGGUGUUAAACGCCUUGAGCUUGGCACAUCUCAAGGUUAAUUUUAAGAAGAGUGCAUUCUUUCAACAAAAAGUUGUGUUUCUUGGAAGAGUCUUCGAUGGGAACACCAAAAGCACAAAACAAGAGUCCGUCGAGAAGAUCUCCCAGUUGAAGAAACCAUAUGACGUCCAUUCACUGCGUGUGUUUUUGGGAUUGGCAGGACAUUUCCGAUCUUUCAUAAAGGACUUUGCUGUCAAAACUAGAUGCCUCACGCGCUUAACGCAGAAAGAAGUUCCCUUUGAAUGGAGUGACGAAUGUGAGAGAGUGUACCGUGACUUGGUGCACAGAAUUUCUUCUGACCCAGUUCUGCGCAUACCAGACUUCACUUUACCCUUUGAAUUGAACACUGACGCCUCACAUUAUGGGACUGGUGCAGUGUUGUAUCAAAAAUGUAUUGAAGCAUCUGGCCGAGAAAAGCGACACGUAGUAGGUUACUGCAGUUACACUUUCAAGCCGUCUGAAACAAACUACACUACUACGGAGAAGGAAGCACUGGCUGUUCUGAAGGCCGUUGACUACUUCCGCACGUACCUGGAAGGUACGAAGUUCACUUUGUUCACCGACCACCAGGCACUCACUCAUCUCUUGAAUAUGACCCAAACUAAAGGGCGUAUCGCCAGAUGGGUGAAUUACUUGCAGCAAUUUGACUUCACCAUCUCGCACCGACCAGGACCGCUUUUAACCGAUGCAGAUGCUCUAUCAAGAUUGAUGGUACAAAACAACACAGAACAAUCUGAAGAAAUCAAUGAAGUGAAGCUGUGGGAAGGCUCAGAACAACUGGUUUUUACUGAAGGUCGGUAUCAAGUCCCACCAACUCUUGUUUCCAAAGUGCUUUACUUGUACCACGAUAGCCCAGAAUCUGGAGGACACGACGGAUUUUGGCGUACCUACAACAAGUUGGUCAAGAGGUUUACGUGGCCUCACACGAAGAAAGACGUCAGUCAGUACGUUCGUUCAUGCCAUGUGUGUCAAGUACACAAAGUCAAAUAUAAACAGCCUACGGACACCAUGAUACUACCUUGCCACUCGAACGUGCCUUUUGAAGUAGUUCACCUGGAUUUCGCCGAACUUAACAAAAAACGGGAAGGAGUCAGAAAAACGCAAGCUUUUCUGCUGGCCAUAGAUGAAUGCACCAGGAUGGUCGCGGCACGAGCAGGAAAAGAAGAUGCAAAUAGCGUCAUAACCCUUCUCGAAAGAGACAUGUUUAGAACUACGCAGACAAUCGUAUGCGAUAACGGCCCCGCGUUCAAGAGUGAAAAGCUAGCAAGAUGGGCUCGAGAUCACAAUGUAUCGAUCAAGUUCUGUGCGCCAUACCAUCCUGCGGCGAAUGGGCUUGCAGAACGUGCCAUACGGGACGUGAAACAGUACAUCAAGAUGUACGAUAGUUUUCCUGGUGGAUGGAAAUGUUCUUUAGAAGCAGCCAUAAAACAUCAUAACCGAUCCUACACAAGUGGCUUGGGGUGCAGUCCACAGUACGCUUCUACAGGAGAAACCCCUAUUCUGCAGGCAGACCGUGAGUUGGGACUCUUGGAAAACCUCAAGAUUGUCGAGGAGAGGCAACAAAAAUCACAGGAGGAGAGGUACCGAAAACGAAUGAAAAAGAA